AAGCUGCGAACUCCUACGCGCGACACCAAGCCGAGCCUACUACGCGCCAGAACCUGUUCGGCCUGCAAAUCUUGCAGAAUGUCAAAGAGCCAUGCCCCGGCCGUGGAAGUUGGGUCUGAAGUGCCCGAAGUCGAGACAGAGCACCUAGGCUUCAAGGUCCUCCACAACGGAAAGCAGGGCCCCCGCAAGGUCAAGAUUCUCCCCCAGCCAUGGCCUGCUGACCGUCUGCCCGCCGCCUCUGCAAGCCUCCUCUCCGUUGCCUCCAAGCCCGGCCUGCUCGCAGCUGCUGGCCCCAAUCUCCUCGUCAUCGCAUCGACAGACUCGGUGCGCAGGGCCUUCCAGGGCAAGACCAUCGCCGACGACAUCAAGAAUCCCGACGAUCCACGCCUCGAGGAGCGCGACAUCGACGUAGUGUCCGACUUCACGCCCGAUGUUACCAUCUCCACCGACAACCUGCGCCAUGUUGCCUUUUCGGCCGACGGCGAUUUCCUAGUCGUCGCCGCAGCAGAAAAGGGCUCCAUCUCGAUUUUCAGCGUCGCCGAUAUCGUCACCAAGGGAAGAACGGAUGCCGACCAAAUUGUACAAACAGACGUGCCCGUUCGCGCCCUGCUCCCCAACCCAAACCCCGAAUUCGAGCAUUUCUACGCCAUUGUCCUCGAUUCCGGCAAGCUCCAGAUAUGCAAUGUGGCGGAUGGUCAGAAAAAGACGAUUCGCGACACUCACGUCAACUGCGCUGCCUGGAGCACCCGCGGAAAGGCUGUGGUUUCUGGUUCAACCGACGGUACCUGCUCCAUACACAUGACCAAUGGAGAACUCAAGGGCGUCAUUCCUCGCGCUCCAGAUGUCGACGAGACCUACGAAGUGACGGGUGUAACAUGGCUGAACACGGAGGAGUUCCUGGCCGUAUACUCUGUGAGGGACCAGGACCAAGAAAGCCCAGAACCAAAGAAACUCAGCGUCAUCAAAUCUGCCAAAGGCUGGGGAUCCUUCACCUAUCACGCCUUUGCCUGGGACCCUCUGCCCGAAGCAUUCGAACCUCCACCACGAGCCCUUCCUGCGCGCUUUUCCUCGACGCGACUCAAGAACUGGAAACCUGAUCUCGACGAAAUGCUCAUCAUCACUUCCUCGCAUGCCGAUUCGAUUGCUAUACUCGCUUCUACAAGCAACAAGAUUUCUCCCGACCAGCAAAACCUCAAAGAGCUCAUGCUGGUCAAUGUGGACGACACAAGGAAGGCGGCUGUGCCGCGCACAGCCUACGGAGAAGACGAACUGGACAGCGUUUUUAUCGGCGAGGCACUGGACCUUUCAAGCAAGGAAAAGAUUUUGCGCCCAAUUCUAAGUCUGGAGGAGAUCAAUGAGGCUCCGUGGCCAUUGCCCGCUUACAUGGCUCUUACUCAUGAAGGUCUUCUUGCAGCUUGGUGGGUGGUGUGGAACCGGUCAAUUGAAGCUGGUGAGCGGUAUCCAGGUCUCUUCUUGAAGAACGAGUCUGCACAGUCAUCUUCUACUCCCAGAACCUCUACACCCGUGUCAAAACUUCCUAUUGCUACUUCCAGUUCGUUCGGACAGCCAAGCACACCGUCACACACCCCAUUUGGUAGAUCGAUAUCCACGCCUGGGACUUCUGCCAUCCCUCACUUUGGCAACGCCGGGCACAACUCGCCAUCCCCUGCUUUGAUGAAGCCAACGCCGCCUGGAUUUGGAACAUCUGGAUUUGGGACUUCUCCUUCAAGUUUGCCUACACCUACUCUCAGCAAGCCCCCACAACCGGCGUUUGGUGCUGCUUCUUCGCUGGGGAGACCCGCACCGCCUGCAUUUGGCGCAACGUCUAUUAUGGGUGGUAGUGCAAAGCCAGCUUUUGGUGCGCCUUCUGCAGUGGGUGCUGGUGCAAAGCCGGCCUUUGGUGCCCCUUCUGCUGUCGGUGCUUCUGGCGGCUCUGGAUUUGGUGCUCUGGGUGGUAUGGGCAACAAGUCGUCGCCAUGGGGGUCGCCUGCUCAAAACUCUGAUGCCAAGAACAAUCCCUUUUCUACUACUGCGACAGGCUCUUCCGGGUUUGCCAAGUUUGGACAAAACGGGGGGACGUCGUCCUUUUCCAGCUUUGGGAGUACCGGCUCAGCACAGGCAGGUUCGGGAUUCGCAUCACUUGGACAGGGCCAGCAAAAGUCUGGCUUCGCUAAUCUCAAGAGUGAAUCGAGCUUUGGUUCGACAGUCACCGUGGGAUCUGGUACCGGGUCGUCACUGCCUUCUUGGGGCAAUACGCCUGCGCAACAGAGCAGCUCGUUAUUCGGGCAACCAGACAAAUCCUCCUUCAACACGGCUUCGUUUGACUCGAAGGACUCGGACAUGAGCGGCGCAAACGGAACACAGGAGCGAAAGAGGGAUGAGGCCACACCGACCCCCCAGACCCCAGCAUCCCAAGAUGUGUUUGGCCUGCAAAAAGGUGGCUUCCAGCUGGGUACCACAUUCAAAUCUAAUGGUACUGCAGAAGACGACUCGGCAAAGUCUGCGACACCUACGAAUGGCUCGUUCUUCGGUAGUGACUUUGCCAACACGCUUGGAAAGACGGAUGCAAAGCCUCCGGCUACGCCUGCGAGUGGGGCUCCGCAAUAUCUCUCUACUACACCGGCGUCACCACCGAAGCAGAAACUGUUCCCAAGCGACACUCCGGCCAAGGAUAGUGCAACCCCCAAAGCAGCACCUCCUGUACGAGAGCCCGGCACUCCUGUGGAUGAUGCUCCUCUCCCUCCAGAUUUUACCAAGUCAAAACUAUCCAAGGUCGAAGACGCGCCACUGCCACCGGAUUUCAUCAACACCAAGCUCCCGCAAUCCAAUGGCGACGAUUUGCCCCCACUUGCUGGUAGUCCCGGUGUCGAAGUGGAAGCUCCCAGUUCCUCGGUCGAGGCAUCUCCUAUUGACAAUGAAGAAGACCAUGACCACGACCACGACCACGACGAUUACUCUGAGGACGACGACGACGAAGAGCCUGACGAUACUUAUCCGCCAAACAACGCCUUGAAAUCCCAUCAAUCAAAACUCACUAACCAAUCAAGCUUCUUCCCUUCUGCGCCAACACCCCCCGCUAAGCCUGCUGGUAGCCAGCCAUCGUUUGGAGGUUCUUCAUUGUUUGGACAGCAAUCGACUCCGGCACCUUUUGGUAGCAGACCUAGUUCUUCAUCUGCAACUGCAAAGCCAAAUUUUCCUCCCACCAACCGCGCCCAAAAUCUUCGCUCACCCAGUCCUAUGCGUCCUAGCUCAGCAUCUCGAAUUCGACGUGAGCCCCUAGUUGCACCCGGUGCUUCAUUGAGCUCUUCUAUUCAGGGAUCCAAGCCACCAACACCCCAGCCCCAAAUUGCGGAUCUGGAAGACGAAGAAGACGAAAGAAUGCGCGCCCAGCUUGCGCAACCUAUUGAGCCCAGUCGGGACCUUGAGGAAUUUGUUGCAUAUCAGAAUUAUACUGGCGGUAAACCGCCCAGCAAAACUGGUCAUGCUGCUCAGAUUGAAAUGAUCUACAAGGACAUUAAUGGCAUGGUGGAUGCACUUGGGUGGAAUGCGCGGUCGAUCAAAUCCUUUACUCAAUACCACCAGCAACCUCAACCUAAUCACCGAAUUGAUCGAGGUAUGCUGGAAGAGAUUCUGUCUCAGGGACACCAUGGGACGUGGUUCGAGCAGUUCAGUCUGUGCGAAAUCCAGGCAUUGAGGUCUCUCGAAGAACAACUGGAGCAAGAGCUUGACGCUGGCCGCGUGCAGGAUGUGCUUGAUGAACUUUCACAACUUGCUCGCCUCCUUCACGAGAAGGCCAAGCUGAUGACUCGCCUUAACGACAUCCGCCGGCAGAUCAUCAAUCGCAAAGAUCCUGAAAAGGUCGAGGCACUUCGCAAAGCACCCUUGUCGAAGGAACUUGCAGAUGGGCAGAAGAACCUGCGCAACGACUAUGCUCAGCUACUCACAUUGUUACGCAAGGCUGAAGACGCUGUUGCCGUCCUUCGUUCUCGCCUAGCCACGCAUAACGCGCAGAGCGGCAGUACCAAGGCAGUCCCUUCUAUGGAAGCUGUUAAAAAGACAGUCUUGAGGCUGGCCAACUUGGCGGAGCAAAAGAACAAUGACAUUCUCAUUCUCGAGGCGCAAAUGCGCAAACUGGGUCUUGCAGAGUCUAGUCGUCCGUCGUCCUCUUCCUCCCGUACUGGCACGCCAAGGCAAUCUCGCACGACCAGCCUCCGCCGCAGCAUUGCAGAGACGCCUUACGCUACACCUCCAACCGGCCACAAGAAACUCACUUUGGCCGAAUUGAAUCGUCGCGCUAUGACUCCAGAUUUCGAGAAUACACCAACUCCUAGCAAGGGCUACGGUCUGUUCUACACACCCGAGGGCAGCCCAGCAGCGGAUGGUAAUGACAUUGCUCAUUUGUCGGAUUUGGUUGACGAGAACAUCGAUACCUUGAGGGAGACGGCCAGAAGGAGGAAGCAAGUUGCAAAGGGUUUGAAAGACGUGCUCCUCGACCGAGGAGUCAAGGUCACAAAAGUCAAUUAAGUAGGAAUCGGGACUGAGAUUGGUAUUUGGAUCAUGAUUGUGUGUAUGAUUAAGCGUUCGUGCGACAUUGCGGGUUUCUUUCUGGAUAUUGAUUGCAUGGAUAGGUGAUUCGAGUUAGGAUUUAAUACACAAUGCAUUGAGCG